UAUUAAUGACUAGCUAAACAAAUCAUGACUAGUCAAGUAGAUUAAUUAAAAGGAGAAUAUUUACAUUAAUACAAAGGAAAUUAAAAUUAAAUUAUGAUUAAUUUCAUUAAAAAUACUAUAAAUAACAUAAUGUUGGACUAGGACAAUGUAAAAUGGGUUUAAUGAUUUAAACACAAAUAUUAAAUAUAAAAAUAAGGAUGAAAGCAAGCGGAUCCAUAAAAUUAAUCUCAAAUUAUGAGGAUAUAAUAAUAAUUAAAAUAAAAGAAAAAUACCUCAAAACCAUUAUAUAAUAAAUAUUUAAUCUCAUUAAAUAUCUAUUAAACGAUGUUGGAGAGUUAAAGCGGCGUCACGAAAUGAUCCUACCUUUAUUUGCGGCAAUAAUACUCAACCCCCCUCGUCCAACAAUCCGCCCAUGCCAUGAACCUGGACGCUUCUCCGUCCAAAUCCAUCUCCCGGGCUAAUAUUACAUGUUUUACAAGCCUAUAUGUGAUCAGAGAAGAAGAGUAAUAUGUAAGCUGUCCUAUUUGCUGGAGAGAGAGAGAGAGAGAGAGAUAGAGAGAGAGAGAAUGGAGGGAGGAAUCAGAAGAGGAGGAGAGAAAAGAGAUUCUUUUCAUGUCAUUCAUAAAGUUCCAGUUGGAGAUAGCCCUUAUGUUCGUGCAAAGCAUCUUCAGCUAGUAGACAAGGAUCUAGAUGCUUCCAUUGUAUGGUUUUGGAAAGCGAUCAACAAUGGCGAUAGAGUCGACAGUGCCCUCAAGGACAUGGCAUUAGUGAUGAAGCAGCAAAAUCGACCCGAAGAAGCCAUUGAAGCCAUCAAAUCAUUCAGACACUUAUGCUCCAAGCAAGCUCAAGAGUCCCUUGACAAUGUCCUUAUUGACCUCUACAAGAAAUGUGGGAUGAUAGAAGAACAAAUUGCAUUGCUGAAGAAGAAGCUAAAGUUGAUAUUCACUGGAGAGGCCUUCAAUGGAAAGACUACUAAAACCGCACGCUCUCAUGGCAAGAAGUUUCAGGUCUCAAUCACCCAAGAGACUUCUCGUGUGCUGGGAAACUUGGGGUGGGCAUACAUGCAACAGGGAAAGUACAGGGCAUCAGAAGCAGUCUAUCUUAAGGCACAAAUGAUCGACGCCGAUGCGAACAAAGCCUGCAACCUCAGCCUCUGCCUCAUCAAACAGGGCCGAUUCGAGGAAGCUCGGAAUGUUCUCAUGGAUGUCCUAAGUGGAAGGCUACCGGUAACAUCGACAGAUACUAAGAUUAUAAGAAGAGCAGCAGAGCUGCUCCAGGAAACAGAAUUACAGCCACAGCCCUGUAAUCAGAGCACAGGAAAGAACAUGGAGGAGGAAGUGAUUGAGAGGAUUAGUAUCCUGCUAAAUGAGUGGGCUUCAUUGGAAUCUAUCUUUGAUCACAGUACUAUAUUUGAGGAGAUAAGCCACCAAAGCGAUGGGAUUGCAUGUUAGGUGCCUUUUUUUUAGGCUAAGUUGUUGUUGUGUUGUAAGUUUACAUGUACAUAGGAAGUUGUUCAUCAGAUAGUUCUGAUGCCUUGUAUGUUUUUAAUAAGGAUUGCUGCUAUGUGAAGCAGAAGUUUGCUAAUAUGUAUGUGGAAACUUAAAUUUACAUAGUUGAAUGGAAAGUUUGUAAUAUAUUUGGGAGUUAAUUAUGGUUAAAUA